AUGGCCCAGAAAUAUGGCGAUGUAUUCAGCCUAAUGCUUGGAAAUCGUUUGGUCGUGGUGCUGAACGGAUUCAACGCCAUCGAAGAAGCCUUGAUCAAGCAGUCGACUGCCUUUGCUGGAAGGCCACAACUGCACACCUUCAAGCUGGCCAAUCGAACAGAUAGCAGCAUCACGCUCACGGAUUACUCACCUCGUUGGCGUCUUUCUCGAAAGAUCGGUGUAAGUGCGAUCCAGAACUUCGUGAAGGACAAAGAUACCCUGGGACAGAAACUGCUUCAGGAAUCUCAACGCCUGGUUCACUGUCUCAAGCAGCAGAAAGGGAAACUCGUAGAUGUUCACCUACCUCUGCAGUGCGCUACCUCCAACAUAAUAACCGAUGCACUGUUCGGAGUCAGCUGGUCAUACAGCAACAAAGCUGUCCAUAACAUGCUUCAACUGGCUCAUAACUUCCGAGUUGCUAUAACAGCUUGCAGCCAUGUUGAUUUCCUGCCAUUGCUAAAACAUUUGCCUAGUAAAGCGCUUUCAGAUCUUAACGCUGCAGUCAAAUCUGUGUUGGAUGUCAUUUCCCAGUUGUAUGCCAAAAAUACAGAGACUUAUGUUGGGGGACAAGUUCGUAACAUCGCAGACAGUAUUAUCAACGUCGUCGAAAAGGAAACUGAAAAAGAAAGAGAAAAUCGUCCACAAGGAGAGGACACGUUAAAUGUGGCUCCUCUGCUUAGUGACGAACAGAUUAUCCGGGUGUUGGGAGAUUUAUUUGGUGCUGGGUUUGACACUUCGGCCAUUACUCUUCACUGGAGUUUGGCAUACCUCACUAAAUAUCCCGAGAUCCAGACCCAGAUACAGGAAGAAUUAGACCUCGUGAUCGGCCGAGAACGCCUGCCCACUCUCCAAGACAUGCCAUCACUUCCCUUCUUUCAAGCAGCAGUCUACGAACUGUUUAGAGUGACUUCUAUCGCUCCUCUUUCCGUUCUACGCUCCACGACCGUUGAAACAAACAUCCGGGAUUUCACCAUACCUAAAGAUACGGUCGUCAUGGUCAAUCUGUGGUCAGUGCAUCGCGAUCCAGAAAUCUGGAAAGAUCCAGAUGUCUUCGAUCCUAGACGUUUCCUGGAUGGAGCAGGACAAGUGAUCGAUCCCAAGUUCUUCCGAGGAUUUAUGCCGUUCUCCUGCGGUCGUCGCAAAUGUCCUGGUGAUGUUCUGGCCACCAAACAAGUUUCUGUCCUGCUUGCCGCAUUGCUUCACAGCUUCCGCUUCACUCAGGAUGGUUUGCCAGCCGACUAUAAGGGCAUUAAUCUUCAGGGUGAAUUUGGUCUUACCUUGGUGCCACAGAAGUUUUACGUGAAAAUAGAAGAACGAAAUUGA